AUGUCUGGUAAUGGCAACGCGGCCGAAACGGCGGAAGAAGACACCCCAAAGAUGAGAGUGAUUCGAGUGGGUACCCGCAAGAGCCAGCUGGCUCGCAUACAGACGGACAGUGUGGUGGCAAUGCUGAAAGCUUUAUACCCAGGCCUGCAGUUUGAAAUAAUUGCUAUGUCCACCACGGGGGACAAGAUUCUUGAUACCGCGCUCUCUAAGAUUGGAGAGAAGAGCCUGUUCACCAAGGAGCUGGAGCAUGCCUUGGAGAGGAAUGAAGUGGACCUGGUUGUUCACUCGCUGAAGGACCUGCCCACGGUGCUUCCUCCUGGCUUCACCAUUGGCGCUGUCUGCAAGCGGGAGAGCCCCUAUGAUGCUGUUGUCUUUCACCCAAAAUUUGUUGGGAAGACUCUAGAAACCUUGCCAGAGAAGAGCGUGGUAGGAACUAGCUCCCUGCGGAGAGCAGCCCAGCUGCAGAGAAAGUUCCCACAUCUGGAGUUCAAGAGUAUUCGGGGAAACCUCAACACGCGGCUGCAGAAGCUGGAUGAGCUGCAGGAGUUCAGUGCCAUCAUCCUGGCUGCAGCUGGCCUGCAGCGCAUGGGCUGGCAGAACCGGGUGGGGCAGAUCCUGCACCCUGAGGAGUGCAUGUAUGCUGUGGGUCAGGGGGCUCUGGGUGUGGAAGUUCGAGCCAAAGACCAGGACAUCUUGGAUCUGGUGGGUGUGUUGCACGAUCCUGAGACUCUACUUCGCUGCAUUGCUGAACGAUCCUUCCUGAGGCACCUGGAAGGAGGUUGCAGUGUGCCAGUGGCAGUGCAUACAGCUAUUAAGGAUGGGCAAUUGUACCUGACUGGAGGAGUCUGGAGUCUGAAUGGUGCAGAGACCAUGCAGGACACCAUGCAGACCACCAUCCACGUCCCUGUCCAGCAUGAAGAUGGCCCUGAGGAUGAUCCACAGCUGGUGGGCAUCACUGCCCACAACAUUCCACGACAACCCCAGCUGGCUGCUGAGAACCUGGGCAUCAGUCUGGCCACCUUAUUGCUGAACAAAGGUGCUAAGAACAUAUUGGACGUUGCACGGCAGCUCAAUGAAGCCCACUAA